AUGUUCCGUCUGCCUAAAUCCUCUUUCCCUUCCUUGCGCCGAUCUCCAGCUUACCGAUCAUUCUCCGGUGCCCCGAGGCAACCUCAGUAUAAAACCUACUUCUCAGAAAACCCAUCGACUUCCGCUUCACCUCGACCACCGCGCCGCCUCAUUUCACGCUUCCUCGGGUUCAGCGCCAUCGCCUUCUUCGCCUUCGGCGCCGGUCUAUCGUUCCAAAGCUUCCGCACCCUCAACCGCAUCAUGGCGGCUCCCAUCCCCACAAACGAGGAGACUCUCUCUGCAUACCAAGCUCCCGACUCCGACUCCGCACAGAUUGACGAGACCCUGCGCACGCAUGCGGAGGCCGAGGCCCUCCGCGCAAACCCGGACUUCACGGAAGCGCGCCCCCACCACAAGAUCCCCGAGUCCCUGCGAGCCCGUAGUCUAACGGCGGGUACACUGGCAGGCCCCGGAAAGAUUGUGGUCCCUCCGUAUGUGUUCAGUGAGCGCGAUGGUAAGAGCAUGGUUUCGCUCAUGUACCUUGGCUCCGAUGUUUGUGGGCAUCCCGGAAUCGUCCACGGCGGUCUACUCGCUACGUUGCUCGAUGAGGGCAUGGCUCGUUGCUGUUUCCCCGCCCUACCGAACAAAGUGGCAGUCACCGCAAACCUGAAUAUCGAUUACCGGGCUCCCGCGAUGGCCGAUCAGUACGUUGCCCUCCGCGCGGAGACGGUUAAGGUCGAGGGCCGCAAAGCGUGGGUGGAAGGACGCAUUGAGACUCUCCCCACUGAUGGCUCCGCGCCUUUGGUAUUGGUUGAGUCGAAGGCGCUGUUCAUUGAGCCCAAACAGGCCGCUGUAAGUCUAUACCCGAAACCCAUCUCGGAAUCCAACUAA